AUGAAUUUGGGUGAUGGUUUAAAACUUGAAACUGAAUUACUGGAUGGAAAAACCAAGCUAAUAUUGUCUCCAUUUGAACAUAAACCAAAAAUUUCUGUGAAGAUGGGAAAUAAGACAAAGAUUGCAAAAUGUCCCUUAAGAAUGAAGCAAACUGGACACAUUCUUAAAUCAACACAAAACAAUUCUGUCAUGAGUGAAAACCAUUUGCAAAAGAAGAGAACUGGUUCAGACACUACAUUGGAAAAGGGUGAAAAAAAUAAAAUGACUUUUUCACCUACUAAGGAUUUUUACAAGCAGUGUGAAGAUACUGACUGUCUUCAUAUCCAGAGAGGAAUUUCCCCUGCACCUCUUAAUAUACAGAAGACUAGAAGCACCAUAAAUACAUCUGUAGUAACUAAACGGAAGCCUCGAAAAAGCGUCACAUCUGAAAAUACGAAUAGCAAUUUGGUAUGUCUAACACAAGACCAACUACAACAGAUUUUGAUGACUGUAAACCAAGGAAAUAGAUCUGUUUCUCUGACUGAAAGUGGAAAGGAAGAAACAAGUCAGUCUAGUCUACACUGUGACAGUACUCCUAAUCAGCCAGGGGAUGAGAACAUUAUGAGACUACUCCAGAAAGCUGAGGCUUUUUCAUCUUCCCUGGAUGAGAAUGAAUCUGUUUUAAAUAAAAAACAGGAGGCAUCUGAUCAACUUGACCAGAAAAAUACUGUAGAGAACGUGUGGAAACCAGCUGACAUAUUUAGUACUCUGGGGGAAAGAGAACGUGAUAGAAGUUUGUUGGAAGCAAAAAAAGCUCAGUGGAAGAAGGAACUAGAUGAACAGGUUGCUUUAAAGAAGAAAGAAAAAGAAGCUUCUGAAAAAUGGAAUAUUAAUCCUUGGACAAAAUCUGAAAGUGAUAAAAGAGUCUGGGAAAAACUUCAGAUUCUUGAACAAUAUCGAGAAACAGUUCCACUGGAGCACCAUUUAAAUUCUGUGAAACAGGAACAGCAGAGGAAAUGGAUUGAAGAGUUGAAUAAGCAAAUAGAAGAAGACCGGCAAAGAAAAAUAGAGGAAAAAGUAAUAUAUUCAAAGGGUGAGGAACAUGACAGAUGGGCAAUGCAUUUUGAUUCCUUAAAGAAUUACCUGGGUUCUGAGUCUCAGCUGUCCUCUCGAUCAACACUGAAAGCACCCGAGGAGUACUUCUGUGUCUCUCCAGACACUCAGCUUGCUGACAUCAGCAGCGUUGAUACGCCUACAAAUGGAAGUCAGGCUGGACCUUUGGAGGAAGAGCAUGUAGCAAGACCUGUUCAGGAUGUGGCGAAGGCAAACAGUCAGAAAACAAACUUUCUCCGUUCCAUGACUGCUCUCUUGGACCCCACUCAGAUUGAGGAAAGAGAUAGACGGCGGCAAAAACAGUUAGAACAUCAGAAAGCCAUCACUGCUCAGGUAGAGGAGAAGCGUAGGACGAAGCAGCUAGAAGAGGAGCAGAGAAAGAAGGAGGAACAAGAAGAAGAGCGCCGUCUGGCACGGGAAAGAGAGGAGAUGCAGAAACAGUAUGAAGAGGACAUACUGAAGCAGAAACAAAAAGAAGAAAUCAUGACUCUUAAGACAAAUGAGCUGUUCCAGACGAUGCAGAGGGCACAGGAGCUGGCACAGAGACUAAAACAAGAGCAGAGAAUCCGAGAACUGGCUCAGAAAGGGCACGACACUUCCAGAUUGCUGAAAAAUCUCGGUGUUGAUAAAAUAAAUGUGGAAUAUCAUGAAACCGCUAACAUUUCAAAUUCAAGACAUACUUGUGAUGACGACUGUAAGAUGAAGGCAUGUGUCAAUUAUACAUCCUCUCCUAAGAAUACUGGUGUGCAAACAGAUGAUGUAAAUACAGCAGUGUUCAGUACAGAAUCACACUGUGGGUCAGUAAUUGAGACAGAGUUUCUAGAUUGUCCAUCUCCUGAGAUUUCUCCAGAAUUCAGGGGACAGUUUAACAUGAAUAAAAACAAGCAAGGCUUUAAACAGGGUAAAGGAGAUAACUUAGAAGAAAACAGUUGGCGUAACGAGUUCUCUAGAACAGAGAAGCAAAUGAAACACAGGAAGAAAUGUCUUAAGAGGCCUGACUGGAAUAUAAAUAAGCCACUCAAGGGAUACAUCAAAGCAUCAGAAAAGUACCCUAAACAACUACAAAAGCAGAGAGAAGAAAACAAAGUAAGGAGGCAGAUGGAACUGCUUCAUUUAGUAGAAAGAAAUUCUGGACUCCCUUCCCCAAAUGGAAAUACCUCACCAGAAAGUCUUCAUGCAUCUCAUCAAGAAACUGAAUCAAGAUUAAGGUGGCAUCUAGUUAAAAAGGAAGACGAGCCUCCAAAGAUGAAUUCUUUCAGCAAGGAAAGGUCUCAAUCGCCAAUUUCUGCAGUGAAAUACAAGACCCAGCAAACUCAGACUAAUACAUUACUAUUAUCACUGAAAAACAGUAGUUCUGAGAUAGAGAAUCUGGUUUCAGGAGCUAGCCAGACAGAAUUGUCAUUACGGAUUUCUGAACCAUCACAUUUUGUUCCCUAUGUCCGAACCAAUGAGGUAUUUUACCUAGAUCCAGAUGCUCCAUUGUCUAGACCUUCAACCCAGGAGCCUCAGCAUCAAAAUUCACGUGAUUGUGACCAGGUCCAGCAACAACUGUUUGAAUCUAACCAUGUCAGAGACCCACUUUUUAAUCCUAACUUGGUGAAAAGCAGAGAUCGACAGCAAGCAAUCCUUAAAGGUUUAUCAGAAUUAAGACAGGGCCUUCUCCAGAAGCAAAAGGAAUUAGAAACUAAUCUUAUGCCUUGAGCUGCACAUCAAGAAGAGAAUUUUAAUUCUUCAUUUUAA